UCGAACCCUCAUCUAAACAAGUCAAACCUAUUGGAAUUGUGCUGACAAAGGGAGUAGCAGGCAUUGGAAAAACAGUCUCUGUGCAGAAGCUCAUUCUGGACUGGGCUGAAGGAACGUCCAAUCAGGAUGUCGACUUCAUAUUUCCUCUUCCUUUUCGCGAGUUGAACCUGAUGAAGGAGAAAUCCAUCAGUCUGCUGGAUCUUGUGAAGCACUUUUUCUCAGACGUGAAGGAUCUAAGAGUCUUCACCAGUUCAGAGAAAAAACACAUGUUCAUCUUUGAUGGUCUGGAUGAAUGUCGACUUCCCCUUAACUUCUCCUUAAACCCAGAGUGUUGUGAUGUGUCAGAGUCAGUCCCAGUUGACGUUCUGCUGACAAACCUCAUCAAGGGGAAUCUGCUUCCGUCUGCUCUCAUCUGGAUCACCACCAGACCAGCAGCAGCUAGUCUAAUCCCUCCUGAGUGUGUGAACCGGGUGACAGAAAUAAGGGGGUUUAACGACCAACAGAAGGAAGAGUACUUCAGGAAGAAGCUCAGUGAUGAGAGCCUGGCCAGCAGAAUCAUUGCUCACCUGAAGUCAUCCAGGAGCCUCUACAUCAUGUGCCACAUUCCAGUGUUCAGCUGGAUUUCAGCUACAGUAGUAGAGAGAACAUCAGAUGGAUCAGGGAGCGUAGAAAUGCCAAGGACUCUCACACAGAUGUACACACACUUCCUGAUCAUUCAAGUUACAAAUAAAAACACAAAGUACACAGAGCUUGAAGGAAGAGAUGAAGAGAUGAUUUUCAAGCUGGGGAAACUGGCUUUCCAGCAGCUGCAGAAGGGAAAUCUGAUCUUCUAUGAUGACGACCUGAGGGAAUGUGGCAUUGAUGUCACUGAAGCAUCGGUGUACUCAGGAGUGUGCACUCAGAUCUUCAAAGAGGAGACUGGGCUUUACCAGGGGAGGGUGUUCAGCUUUGUACAUCUGAGUAUUCAGGAGUUCCUUGCAGCUUUGUAUGUGUUCCUCUGCUUUAGCAACAGCAGGAGAAACAUGUCUGACCAACACCAAAGCUCUCAGCUCUCUGCUCUGUUCAGAGCAGCAACACUUCAAGACCUACAUGAGACUGCAGUGGAUCUGGCUUUAGAGAGUAGGAAUGGACACUUGGACCUUUUCCUCCGCUUCCUUCUGGGCCUCUCCCUGGAGUCCAAUCAGAGCCUUUUAAGACAUCUAAAGGCACACAAUAGCAGCCAAUCACAGAGCUCAGAGCCAACAGUGCAAUUAGUCAAACGUAACAUCAGGGAUCUUAGAGAUCUAGGUGGUGGUGGUGGUGGUGGUGAUGAUGAUGACGACAGGAGGAUCAACCUGUAUUACUGUCUGAAUGAGCUGAAUCAGCAUGCUGUAGUGGAGUACAUUGGCAGGAGCUCAGGAGAGCUGUCUAUAGAGAUGCUCUUACCAGGACAAUGGGAGACAGGGGAGUUUAGGUUUAAGACUUCAGCAGAUUAUCUGAAAAGGUUUGACCAGCAGAAGUACAUCAAGACACCAGAGAUGGACCAGACUGAACUCCUCAGCCCAGAUGACGUUCUUCAGAAGCUGACUGAUGUGUUCACAUCCUCCACCUCAGCACAGCUGGAUGACUUUACCCUGUCAGAGAAGAGCCUUUCCUGUCUUGCCUCUGCCCUGACCUCACACUCAUCACAUCUCACACAACUGACACUGAAGGACAACAGCAGAUCAUCAUCACAUUCCUCGUCAUCACUGCAUGUGUCAUCUUCAGCUGGGUGCCAUCCAGACUGCAAGCCCUGGGAGUUCAGGCUGGAGAGAUGUGAUCUGACAGAGGAGAUCUGCUGCUAUUGUUUGGUGUACUAUGGCUGUUCAGACCAUAAAAAGUCUGGAGACACUGCAGUCACAAAAUGA